AUGCAGCAAUUACAGAAAGAAUUGAAAACAGCCGAUGAAUUGAACAAAAGACUCCUUCAAGAACAGGAAGAGAGUGCAGAGCAAUUUGAGCAAGUUAUUAGAACAAACACAACCCUCAAGGCUCAGCUCGCUAACCAGGACGUUGAGUUCGAAGACAUGCAGGGUCAGCGGGAUGAACUUCAAACUGCCGUUGAUCAGUUCAAGAAUUGUCAGGAGAUACAUGAGCAGGCAUUACAACGCAUCCAGGACUUAGAACAGCAGCUGGAGGAGUCAGAAUCAAAACAUAGUUGCAAGUAUUGUUCCGGCCACUCCGGACAGCCAGAUAAUAAUUUAAGUAUUUUUGCUGAAAUUAAUAGUUUUGAUGUAGAUUUAGUUGAUGAUAGCAUAGGGUUCUCCCCAAUGGUAGAAACAGUAGAUUUAAAAAGUUCUGUGCACAUUGAAGGCAGUAGUGAUAUUAAAGUCGCACUGAAAGGAUCCAAAAAAAUUAAAAAAUAUUUAAAACUUAGUAGAUUCAUAAAGAAAUCUAAACUUUUGCUAAAACGCCAUAAUUCAAUAUUCAAAACAAUACAAUCCAAAUGUAACAGUGUCGCCUUAAGCGAUGAACUUCUAAACUGCCAAUACCAACUAGACCAGGCAGUAGAAGAAUUGAAUAAUCGCUCCGAUGAAUUACAAAAAUUAGAAUUAAAGUUGAAAAACUUAAACAAUAGAGACGAACUGUCAAGUAAAGCGUUACAGGAAUACAUAGCCUUUAUGAAUAAUGUUCUAGAACCGGGGAGAGGCUACACUCUGCGUAUGGACUCGCCGCGGCCACCGACCCGCCCCGCCGCGCCGGACUCGCCCGCGCUGCGCUCCGCGCUGGCCGCGCCGGGCUCGCCCGCGCUGCGCGCGCUGUUCGCGUCGCGCGCCGCCCGCGCGCCCGAGCUGCGCGGCGACGCCGCGCCCGCCGCCAGCCUCGGGGACCCGGCGCCCCCGCCGCCAUCGUCACCGCCGAGCCUCGUCGAGCAGGUUGCAUCGGGGCCGCGCCUCGCUGAGCCGACUCCAUCGCUGCCGUGCCGCGUCGAGCCGGCUCCUUCACCGCCGAGCCUAGUCAAGCUGGCUCUAUCGCUGCUGACCUAUGUCGAGCCUGCGCCGUCCCCGCCUCGCCCUGUCUCGCCAGCGCCAUCAUCGCCUCGCCUCCCCUCGCCGCCGCGCCGCCCGCGCGCGCCCGGGCGCCGCACCGUGCUGUACUCGGACGAGGUGGGCGCCGGCCUCGGCGUGCUGCUGGCGCAGCGCUUGUCGCAGGGCGUCAUCAACGACUGUCACCCGGGGGCCUCUGUCGAUCGUCUGAUCGAAUGUAUUUCUGCGGGCGAGUUUGACCACGACUCGACGCUUGCCCCCAUCGGCAGACUAUAA